AUGCAGAAAGGCUCGGGGCCAGAUGAUAGGGCCAGCCAGCCAGCCACGCCAGGGGGCGUGGCCCCUGCAGGUCGCUGGCGACGCUUCACUUUGACACUGAGCGGCAGCACCAACCGGAUUUUGAAAUCUGGUCUGUCAGCCAAUCACUUCUCUGUGUCUGUGGCCCCGCCCUGUGAAACUGACGCGCAACGCACCCCUGCGAGUUCCCAUUGGUCAGGGCAGACAUCCGUCCGCCGCUAUGCCCGCCCCAAUACGGAAGCGGUGGGGUCCCAGGGAUCCGACAGCGGGCGGGGCGGAACCCUGGGGCGGCCCUGGGCGGCUCGAGGAGCAGAAGGAGCGUCCGCGCGGCUGCCACUGGUGAUCACCGCGCUGUGGGCCGCCGCCGUGGUCCUGGAGCUGGCUUACGUGAUGGUGCUGGGGCCCGGGCCUCCCCCAUUGGGACCCCUGGCCCGGGCCUUGCAGCUGGCGCUGGCUGCUUAUCAGCUUCUUAACCUGCUGGGCAACGUGGGACUCUUCCUGCGCUCAGAUCCCAGCAUUCGGGGCGUGAUGCUGGCUGGCCGCGGCGUAGGCCAGGGCUGGGCUUACUGUUACCAGUGCCAAAGCCAGGUGCCACCACGGAGUGGGCACUGCUCUGCCUGCCGUGUGUGCAUCCUACGCCGUGACCACCACUGCCGCCUACUGGGCCGCUGUGUGGGCUUCCAUAACUACCGGCCCUUCCUGUGCCUGCUGCUUCACGCUGCUGGUGUCCUGCUCCAUGUCUCAGUGCUGCUAAGCCCUGCCCUGUCAGCCCUGCUGCAGGCCCACUCAGCCCUCUACACAGUGGCUCUCCUGCUGUUGCCCUGGCUCAUGCUACUCACAGGCAAAGUGUCUCUGGCCCAGUUCGCUUUAGCUUUUGUGGUGGACACCUGUGUGGCAGGCGCACUGCUGUGUGGUGCUGGACUGCUCUUCCAUGGGAUGCUGCUGCUUCGGGGCCAGACCACCUGGGAGUGGGCUCGGGGGCAGCACUCCUAUGACCUGGGCACCUGCCACAACCUGCAGGCAGCCCUGGGUCCACGCUGGGCCCUAGUCUGGUUCUGGCCUUUCCUAGCCUCCCCUUUGCCUGGAGAUGGGAUCACUUUCCAGACACCAGCUGAAGUGGUGGGUCUUGUGGCUUCCUGACUCCAGGUAGAGCCGGAACUGAAUAGGGAGUAAGGGAGCAGAGGAGGGAGCUGGGCUUGCUUUCAAUUUCAUGCCAGCCACAGGAAGGAGGCCAGGUUGGCCCUUCAUGCCUGUAGUGGCAGCUCUAGCUCCUUCCAUGGACCUGUCCAUUGUGGGCUCUUCCAUGUGUAGAGUUCAGACACGGAAACUCGGCCCCUUUUGGCAGAGGAGGGUCUGGCAAGGGGGCGACUUGGUUAGCCUGCCUGCCCCUCUACCAGGCUGAUAAAGUGCCCAUUAGGUUCUUGUCCUUCCCCGUCUUUGCUGGGUUCCCACCCCUCACUUUACUGUUUUGCUUGCUGUUUUCCAGUUCCCAUUAUUAUCAGGCCUGGAGACUACAGGAGGCAUGAGAUCCUAAUGGGCCAGGGCUCUGCCUCCUCCGGCCUUGGGAGGGUGUGGUGGAUCCAGGCAAGGAGAGUCCAAAUGUGCUCUAGAGGGCAGCACUCCAUGGAAACCUCUCUGCAGCAGGGGUUUCAAGGAAGAUCUUGUAGCUCACCUGAAUGUGGGGCCAAAGUUAGGAUCUUUGUUCUGUAAAAACAUAAAGCACUGCUAGACCACGUGACAACAUUGUAGGAUAGAAGUGUUGGCCUUGCUGGCCUUAACUCAGAAAUCCACCUGCUUCUGCUUUUUUGUUUUCUUUUUUGACACAGGGUUUCUCUGUGUAGCCUUGGCUGUCCUAGAACUCACUUUGUAGACUAAGCUGGCUUCAGACUCAGAGAUGUGCCUGCCUUUUCCUCCCAAGUGCUGGGAUUAAAGGCAUGCACUGCCACUGCCCGGCUGCGAAGGACGUUUUUAGUGUGUGUGUACUUUCAUGCAUGCAUGGGCAUGUAUACGUGGGUGCUCAUGGAGACCUCAAGAGGGCAUUGAAUCCCCUGGGGCUGGACUUACAGGCUGUUAUGAGCCACCUGAUGUGGGUACUGGAAACUAAACUUGGGUCCUCUGCAAGAGUAAUAUAUACUCUUCACCACUAAGCCACUUCUCCAGCCCCCUUUUUGCUUUUAAAAAUCAUUAUUUAUAUUAUUAUUAUCGAGACAGGGUCUCAUUUAGUGUCCCAGGCUGGCCUGGAACUUUCAGCAAACUGCUUGCUUCAGACUUCCAAACCCAGGGAAUUACAGGUGUGGUGAAUCCACAUGCCUAGCUUUCAGCAUCUGAUGUAAAUAUAGUUAAUAGCUAAACACAGCAGGCUUCAGCACCCCCAGUUAACUCUGUUUGCCUUUAGACUCACUAAAAUAAUAGAGAAAUAAAAAUAAUAUAAAUUUAUAAGGGGAAAGAAGAUAGAUGUUUGUAUACCAAAGAGCCUAGCAAUGUUUUGAAACAUGACAGAAUUUGGGAGCUUGUUUGUCUUAAUAGAGAAUCAAAAGUAAAAUAAAAAUAAAAAAAUCAAAAAUCAAAAUGACAUAUUCCUAAAGAGGGGAGAGGACAAGCAAGGCAGAACUUCCCCAGCAUUAUGGAAGAUGAGGUUAGGCUUUGGUUUAACCUUGGGUGGGGUGUCGGACAGUUUGGAUCAGGUGUGAACUGUUCUUCCCCUCAGACCUCAUCUACCCCUGCAGCCACCCUCCUGGGAUGUGAUGGUAGGGUAAUAAGGAAGACAGACUGGACCAGAGCAGCUCUGGAUCUCAGGGCCAACAGGAAAGGUAGGAGGGGGGGGGCUGGAUCAAAAAUAGAGCUAAGUCCACAGAAAGUGUUGGCUGUCACCUGCAAAUAAUAACAUGCCAAGUCCCCAGGAGUCUACCCUCCUGACAGGCUUUGCCUGUACUCCAAGAGGUCAUUGUUUGCCACUCAACAUGCUCUGUUGUUUUAAAAAGACAUUAGGAACACUUGGUGCUGCAUGAGGCGCUGGCAAUCUGGUGUCCUCUUCUGCAGAAUAUUUAAUUUUCAUGUGUUUUCGAGAUAUGUAAGGUUCCUUGGUACCCUCACCACAGCUUGUCUGGGAAAACCACCACUCCUUGAAGUUCCUGCUGUGCCCUCCCUAGUGAGUAGGAGAUGAGUGACACACUGAUCUUAAUCAUCCCCUUGCUUUCCUUGUUACAUGUGUUUGUAUUGGUUCUGCAUGUUUUGGUUGUGUAUGAAUGGAAUUAUACCAGUUUUUUUUCUCCCCUGUGGCUUGUCUUUUCACUCAAUAUUGGUUCAGAGAUGUGUCCAAAUUACUGCAUGUAGUGGUAUGGUACUUUUUCUUCGACAUGGAACUCUGAAUAUACCACAACCAAAUUUUGCUUUGCUCCACUGGUCAUUGUUUUUUCUACCUCUUAGUGGGAAUCACCCACUAGGCACCCUUGCUCUUCCAUACCAAUCUGAGAGCCAGCUCCUCGGAUCUCACCAAUAAAAGCCCACCUUGAAGUACUCAGUGGAGCCCAACAACUGUACAUCAGCUUGGUGAAAAUUAGCAUCUGUGAGAUUCAGCUGCCCAGGUCAUGAACAUGGUUUAUCUCCUCAAUGAAUAUUUUCUUAGUAUUUGAGACAGGGUCUCACUUUGUAGCUCUGGCUGGCCUAGAACUUACUAUGUAGACCAGGCUGUCCUCAAACUCAAAGAUCUGCCUGCCUGCCUCCGCCUCUGCCUCCCAAGUGCUGGGAUUAAGGAUGUGUCAGCUUUAAAUGUUUUCAAUAAAGCUUUUUUCCCCCCUGAUAAACAUG